AGAGAGAGUUAAUAUGCCUGAUCCACCUUCUAUUAGACGUUAAUGUCUGGCAUCUUGUGACGUUCUCGUGACAAUUUAAACCACUGUCUUGUAAUGUUAAAUCAACUGUUCAUGUUUCAUGUGUCUCUUCUAGUUGUUGUCAUUCUAUAAUCCCAGAGUUUCAUUUUGGGGCGGAGCUUUGUGUCUGAGAGCCAACCACACAGAGCAGAAUCAGGUCAGUCUGCUGGAGAGGACCUGAAAAAAACCAGGCACAGAGCACAGCAGGAGGAUAGUUGACUGACUGAACAAGCAGCAUGUCUAAACCAUCGUCCAACGUCAAAGCCUUGCAGGCAAAUCUAAAUAUUCCGAUGGGAGCGCUGCGUCCAGGGGCGGGACAUCCUGUCAAGAGGAGAGAGGAUACUGUAGACACAGAGGAGGCUCCUCCCCCAGACCCCCUGCAGGAAGCCACGGCCCUGUCGCCAGAGGAGAAGAAGCCAUUGCCAGGAUCGAUGAAGCUUCCUGGUCCAGCAGUCAACCUAUCAGAGCUGCAGAACGUCAAGAGUGAACUACGAUGGGUCACCAAGGACUAACACACACACUGCGGUGUUUCCCAACUUCUCCUUCAGUACUGAAUCAGGUGUGCUUGUCCAGGGAUACAAUAAAAUGUGUACUGUUGGGGAUACUCAAGGAGUACUACAGGUUUCUCAUCAGACCCACACCCACCCUGCAUCUUCUACUGUUGGACUACAACUACCACACCCACCCUGCAUCUUCUUCUGAUGGACUACAACUACCACACCCACCCGGCAUCUUCUACCGAUGGACUACAACUCCCACACCCACCCUGCAUCUUCUACUGAUGGACUACAACUACCACACCCACCCUGCAUCUUCUACUGUUGGACUACAACUACCACACCCACCCUGCAUCUUCUUCUGAUGGACUACAACUACCACACCCACCCGGCAUCUUCUACCGAUGGACUACAACUCCCACACCCACCCUGCAUCUUCUACUGAUGGACUACAAC